AUGGCACCCUACCCAGAACUUCUCUGGGUCUUUGAUGCUCUCGGGAUCAACCCCUCCACCGCGCCCCCAGGUUUCGAAGACGGCUGGAUUUCCUUCAACGGCCUCAAACCCACUGAAUUCAUCCCCGCGAUUCCACCCCAAUACCGACGCGAAUUUCUCGACAAGCGCGUCAUCUAUGUCACAGGUAUCCCCUCAGAUGUCGCGCCGCCAGCAAUGCGCACUUUCUUCGCGCAGUUUGGGAACGUGGAUAAGUGUAUCGUGGUUGUUGAUCUGAAAUCCGAGGUCUCGUUUCGCUGGGUAGUUAUGGGGUCACAAGACGAGAGUAAGAGGGUGCUCAAAGGCGCUCAUGGCGUGGCAUUUAGGGAGUGGGAGGGGGGUGAGAGGAGGGUCUUUGUGCUGAGGUGUUGUGAGGCUGUUGGGCCGGAUGGGCAUGUUAGGAUUGAUGGGAAGGGAGGGGUCGGGAAGAGAAUCUCGGAAGAUGAGGGGAGAGGUCUACUGGGAGAUGAUGAGAACCAGGAAGACAAUACUCAUCGUCAUCCUUCUCCUGUGAUUGCUAGGGUCAAACAACCGACUCAACCGCAGGACAAUGCAGAAUCUCAGGAGGCAGACGUGUCAAGCAAUAGAGAGGGUUCGGACAGGUCUGAGGAACAAUACGAGGAGGGUUAUGAUCCGGACUAUUGGGAAGUAGAUGCCCAAGAAGAAUCUACAAAGAAAGACUCGGAAGAUCCAGAUCUUCCUACUGUUGUCACGACACCUCCCGAAGGCUUCGUUACUCAAGCUUCUUCAUGGGCCAAUAUUGCAGGAACUGCAAACCCAAGUCAUCAAGUCAUCAACAUUGCACUUGCUUCCAGAGGCCCCGGUGGCCCACGGCUAAAACCUGUCGGUCGAAUUCCAAGUAUAUCAGCUCCUCGCGGAGGAGAAUCUCACGUCCAGACCAUCCGAGUGGUUCAUCUCCUGGGUAUACCGAACAAUCUCAAUCUCCAAGAUAUCUCAAACGCAGUAAAAGAGGGAGCACUUCGCGCCAUUCGCUUUGGCAUAGAUGCAGAAAACGGAAGUCGUUGGGCUGGCAUAGUAUUCCAACAUGCCAGCGAAGCAGAGACAUUCUGGCAAGUGCUGUCACGCGAAAGAAGCGAAGGAAAACCAGAACGUUUCAAGUGCAUAGUCGAAGCCGUUCGCGGCGAUCCAUUUCAACAAGACGAUAUCCUGAGAGCUAUGGGACCUCCCACAUUCGCAAGCCGCCGUUUAACAAUCGUCAAGUCCAGGUUCUUCUUCAUGUUUGGUGAGAAGAACCUCCGAGCUCUGUGUGAGAAGUUGGUUGGGAAGGAGAACAUACAGUUGAUAUGGUUGUAUAAUGGGGGCAAUGCAACGAUUGUUUUUGCCGAUGUAGAGUCGGCUAUGAUUGUCAAGGAGAAGUUGGAUGAUAUGGCUGCUGGGAGGGGUCUGGCCAGUGGUCAGUCUGCUUCGACUUGGGAAGGACUGCAGACGACAUUUUCUAAGGAUCCUUGUGUGGCUCCUCUUGAGUUGAAGACGGCUAUGCAAUAA